CCAGCGUAGCCUGCGCACCCUGCCCCGUCUCGGCACGCGGAGGGCUCGCCGGAGCAGGGAGUCCAGCAGGGCGCCCGACUACCCCCUGGGUUGCCUGGCAGGGAGCUCGCGGGAGCUGAGCUCAACUCCUCGGCCAGCAGGUGAUGUGGCUAACUACGCGAGGAGCCAGUUAACUCGAGACGAAGACCCGGAGACGACGAGACACGGGACCCAGGCUUGAGUCCACAGACGAGCCCAGAACACGCCCGGGACUGCCCCUUGAUGCUCCUGGGCGUGGCCUCGCUCCGCCUUCGGACACGCCCCCUUCGAGACCUUUCCCGAAGGAUCCCGACCGAGCAUCACGUGCCCCACUCGGGCUGCCACGUCCUCACUUGCCCUCUCUCUCAGACCACCACGUCCCCCCUUGCCCUCUCUCUCAGGCCAUCACCAGGACGAUGUCCCCUAUGCCUGGCUGACACACCGCACUUACUCUGGUGCUAGAGAGAGGCUCCAGACGCACAGUUGCACUCCUGUAACAGCAGCUGACGCGAACACCAUAGUGACACCAUUUACGUCACUACACAUGUGUAAGGAAGUCGGAGCACCCGGAGAAAACUCAUGCAUGCGAGGAACUAACACUUUCCUAUACGCCAGGGACACCUGAUAUCAGACCACACUUUGCUGUCCUGCAUUCUGCCGGCGAGCCGGGGUGUUGCACCUCCUCGAUGCCUACGGGAAGGGAGCCUCGCAACAUUUUGUAAUUUGUCCGAUCCACCAACCAGGAGCGGCUCGUCCAUAUCGGCGGACGAGGCAGUCGCCUAGGGCACCAAGUUAAGUGGGGCGCCAAAUUCGAGGAAAAAAGAAGUAGAUACAAAUAAAAUAAAGAAGAUGUCAUUAUUUCAAUUCCUGUGUACAUAUAGAGGGAAUAUGAAUUAUAAUUCAUUUCUCAACAUUUCUGAGAAUGUAUCAGUGUCAAAUAUUUUGAAGUAAAAUAUUUAGUUAAAAAAUAAACACCGAAAAUCGGACUGAAAUAUCGUCCAGCUUCGUGUACAAAUCUAUUCCGAAAAUGUCGUGUCUCUCUUUUAUCUGACCUCAGAAACAUUGGUUGGACAGACUGAUGGACAAAUCAAAUAAUUAUGCCUCUUUUAAAAAAAAUACGCUUAAAAAACAUUAAACAGAAAUCGUGGGCAAAAUGUUUCCCAGUUUACCAAAAACCUCAGCCGAGAUCUGCCCUUGGGGUUUGGGGCUGGGGGUGCCGAUUGACACGGUUCGUCUCGGGUGCCAGUUGCUGACAGUUAGUCUCGGGCCGCCCCUGCUACCAACCCUCGCCUCCACAGCGCUGGAUUACAGGCGUGCACCACCACUGCCGGCUGUAGCAUUCACGUUGAUGUCUGUGAUGAGAGACGGCUGCCAGGAUUUGAAUCAAGGAUUCAGAGGUCCCAGCUCAGCGCUCUGACCUCUGAGCCUCCUGGCUACCUGGCCGCCUGACCUCCAUAUUCGUUUAUUUGUUAUUUUAUCCACUCCACUUUAAUUGAUUUUCUUCUCACAACUAUUCACGUUGGGCAGCGGAACAUGGGCCUCAGAGCCCAUCCCUGGGUCCUGCGUGGCCCAGCCAGGCCCAGGUGCUGGGCGCCUCGUGUUCCGUGCUGUGCCGCCACCCGUGGGUGGAGCGUCCGCCGCCACCGCCACCACCGCCCCCCGACAUCCAGGCCCUGUGCAAGAAGAUGGCCGACGUCAAGGUGCUGGAGUAUCUGGCGGAGACCCGGCAGGCCGCCGUCGCAGAGCGCCGCCAACGCAUCGAGGCCCUGGAGGCGGCGAACGAGCGCCUGGCACAGGAAACCCGGGAGGCGGAGGAGGCGGCCUUCCGAGACGUCAACGCCACGCUGGCCCAGCUCCAGAGACACCAGAAUGCGCAAGCCCUCCUCGAGGAUCUUCACGGGCGGGAGAUGUCGGAGGCCAUCGCUAACGAGCAGCGUGUGGAGGACGCAAUGCGACAGGACGUAGCCGAGCUGGAGCGGCGGGUGCAGCGGGCGGGGGUGCAGCUGGAGGAAGCGCGAGCCAACCUGCGCUCGCUGCGGGCGUACCACGGCAGGGAGCGGCCCCUGCAGGCGGCGCGGCAGGCCCAGCUGCAACGCCAGCUCCAAGCGCUUCAGCGGCAGCAGGAGGUGGAGGAGGCAGAGGAGCGCCGGCAGGACGAGGAGCAGCUGGAGCGCACCGCGGCUCAGGACGCCUUCGCCCAGGAGGCCCUGCUGCUCCGCGUUGCACAGGAGCACCUGGAGGAGUUCCCCCAUGAUCUGCGGACGAAGAUCUUCCAGAAUGCGGGCUUAAGGAAGGAAAUUGAGAUCCAGGGGAAGGAGGUCGCCGCCCUGCGCUUGCUGAUCCCUGCCCUGCAGCGGGAGGUUCGCCAACUCGCGGCUCAGGCCAGGAAGCAGCUCCACGCGUCCCCCUGGCUCCUGCCGUCCACUCGCGAACCGGCGCCCGACGAGGAAGCAGAGCUGGACAUCCCCCGAGAUGAGGAGCUACCUUUUUGAGGAAAAGCUAAGCUCCCCGCUCCUGAGCAUCCUCAUCAGCAACUAAAGAACCUCAAGUGUACCUCUUUCAUGGGAGGGAAAGUCAGUGUGUGUGAGGCCAUAGUAAUAGGAAGGUGAUUCAUCGGGUAAAAUCCAUUCUUAUGCUCACGAUAUUUGCAGUGAAUCUUGGAUACGAAUCAUGAAAACAUUUAGUUACUUAUUUACCCAGGAACGCCAGACUGAAGUCUGCAGACUCUUCCUGCAUUGGGAUGUUUGUCCAAGACCAAUUACAGUACAUCAUUGGACUUUUUCGCGAAUGUUAUACGAAGCAGAACCGAGCGAGCUAAAUAGUCAAAACUAGACCCCAACAAAAUAUAUAUUCUUGAAGCGAACUGUGACUCCGAAUCGUGAUAAUUAAUUUAAUCACUGGAGGGUGAAUUGUCAUGUCCCUAGUAAAUGAUCCUGUGUGCCAUUACAGAAUGUGUGCCAUUACAGCAUUUGUGCCACUCGCUUGUGGCAGGCUUAGGCGGGGGCGGAUCCAAUGAGGGUGCAAUGUGGUGAUGCCACCCCCUUGUUGAGACCCAGAAAACUGGUAUUUUUAGUGAGAUUUACAAGAGUAGGUACAUUCAACGUUUUAAAAGUUAUUAUUAAUGUCGGGCCCUCUGCAGAUAGCAGCCUUAGCGAGAGCUACUACUCCACCAAACUGGAACGCUGAUCAACAUUGGACCGAGGUCUAUUCAAGAGUCUGCCUGGUACCCACUGCUGCUGUGAACUCAGGCGCGGUGUGUGUGGAUGUAUGCUGCUGUCCCUUUAAGUUGCCAAUCCUAAGUAAAAGCGAUACAACCACUCCGGUAUUGUACCCUACUCGAAAUCCUAAGUAUUUGUCGUAUUAAUGCUAUAUAUGCGUAUAUUCUCAAAAUGUCGGCUUGGUUGAUGGAAUUCACGGUGUUUAUUAAACUUUGUAACUCUG